CGCGAAAUUUCAUUUUAUUAAACCUGAUUUCGUUUCACUUGCUUACUCUAUCAAUAUCGUAACGAUAAAAUUAUAUCAAGAAUGGAGUGAACGAAGCGUUGGUUAUAUGAAAAGUGUGCAGACGGUAAUCACUGAUUGUUAA